GGAUCAACAGCAGGUGGGGGAAUUGUUUAGAUAGCUAGAGAGGCAAAAGGCAAAGCCAUGGCGGUUAUUGUUUCAUCUGUAGAAAUAGAACGAGAGAGCUGUGGUGAUGCAAAAAGACUAGCUAUGAACUGAAGUACUGAACCAUGCAACCACCAUCAUCAGGUUUCGCGGCAGAAACGAAGAGCGGCGAUGACCAGAAGGCGGAUACGGGCCUGACGACGGUGGUGAUUUUGGUGGUGAGGCCGAUCGACGACAAUAGCGAGGUGGUGGAAAUUGAAUCGGGGGAGGGAGAGCCUUGAUGACGAUGGCGAUUUCGAGGGUGUCGCGGCAGAAACGAGGGGCGGUGAUGACCAGAAGGCGGAUACGGGCGUGACGACGGUG